AUGUCCUCUUCCACAGCCUACCCUCUUGGCAUGCUUGGUCUGGUCCUUCUUGGCGUAGGUGAGCUCCUGCACAUCAUCGGCCUCUCCACGCCUGAGUGGUCUGUCUACAGUUCCAUCAGAGUGGGACUCUGGGAAGCUUGUAAUCCAACAUGCCAGCAAUAUAUACUGAAACCCGCUGAAGUUGAGGUUUGUGAGGCGUUCGCUAUUAUAGGGAUGUUGGCUGGUCUCCUGGCUGCAGCCCUUGGCUUGAUGUUCUUUGUUCUGACCCUCGCCAACAAAAGUGUUCGGCUCCUUGCCAUAGGCGCGGCUGUUGCUGCAAAUGUUGCUCUGAUCUCAAUUCUGGUGUGUGUGAUCGUCUGGGGCGCAGCUGUCCACCCUGGAGGGAUUGUCAAGAUUGGCUACUCUUUUGCCUUGAGUAUUGCAGGCGGAAUAAUACAUUCUCUCGGUGGUGACAUUAUCUUUAUAAUGUCAAGGCAACACAGUUAG